GAUUCGGCCAAAAAGGAUUCUUCAAUUAUUUUACUUGCAAACAAUGGCCAUGUGCUUCAAAUUGUGAAUUGCGAAUUACAAAGCAUUAUACUUAAUUGGAAGCACUAUUUUGCUUCAAUUAUACAAAAAAAAAAUGAAGCUUCAGAGUCCGUUCCUUAUCUUCUUCAAUUAUACUUCGUGUGCUUUGUUAUUCGCAUUAUACCAGACGAGCAUCAUCAGCCGGUUCUUGUCGUGUGAUUCAGAGUCCGUUCACUGCUUCAGAGAUUCCGUUCAUUGUUGUCCUUCACUGAUGAGUUACAGAGCCCGAAUUUAUUUGAAAAAAGGGCCGGCUGUACGGUGCUCACCGUACAACCGGUUGUACGGUAUAAUUUACGUUACUCCCUCUGUCCCGCUAAGAUCAUUCUGUUUUCCUUUUUUAGCCGUCCCAAAUUGAUCUUCUCAUUUCUCUAAACGGAAAGUUAUCAUACAUCAAAACAGUGUCAAACAGUACCAAACAGUGUACUCUACACUAAAUUCAAAUUUAUUUCCUAUGUGUAGGUCAUAUCGGAAGUUCUUAGCCGGAGGUAGUAUUUUUUUUUCACUUAUGGUGGAACAAUUUAUGUAACUAUAAAUAGAUAUUCUCAUCAACAUAUACGAAAUCUACCACAGCCUUAAAACCAAUGGCGGCUCAGUCUUGUUCAACUCCAGGAAAGGAAGCAGAUGUGGCAGUGGUGAUGGUCCCUCUUCCGGCACAGGGCCAUCUCAACCAGCUCCUCCACCUCUCCCGCCUCAUCUCCGCCCGCGGAAUCCCCGUACACUACGUCGGAUCCUCCACCCACAUCCGCCAGGCCACGACCCGGGUUCACGGUUGGGACCCACACAAUACACCCAACCUUCAUUUCCACGCCUUCCCCCUGCCGCCGCAAUUCGAAUCACAUCAGCCGCCGGCUCUAGCCACCGCCGCCUCCACCAAAUUCCCCUCCCAUCUGUUCCCGGUGUUCGAGGCGACAGAACAGCAUCUCCGGCAGCCCAUCGCUGAUCUAGUCAGUGACAUCGCCGCCGCCAAAAAACGAGUGGCUGUCAUCGCCGACGAGCUUAUGGGUUGGGUGGUACCUUCUGUCAUUCAAAAGGCAGAGGUCUAUCGUUUCCGUUGCGUUUCAGCCUUCUGCACUUAUUCCUACCAUUGGGAAGCUGCCGGAAAACCUGUGGUCGGGAAAGAUGCUGAUCAGCUGCUGAGUUUCCUGCCGUCCGGCGAAGGCUGUUUCCCGCCUGAGUAUUUAAAAUCAGUCAAAUUACAGAGACGAUAUUGGAAGGAAAUCUCAGGGGAUAUUGUGAAUUCCAAUCGAGAAAUAGAAGCCCCAUUUCUCGAUCUUCUCCGCGGUGUAUCAAAGGGACUUCAAUGGGCGGUUGGUCCAUUCAAUCCGAUUUCUUUCAGCAACGAAAUAGACCCCAAGAAUCGCCACAAAUCCCUGGAAUGGCUGGACAACCAGGAAAAAGACUCUGUUUUGUUCGUAUCCUUUGGAACGACGACCCCACUUUCCGGCGACCAAAUAACAGAGCUAGCCAUAGGCCUGGAACAGAGCACCCAGAAUUUCAUUUGGGUGCUCAGAGACAGAGACAGAGGAGACCUUUCCGACGGCGGCGGCGCCGUCAGAGCGGAUUUGCCCGAUGGGUACGAGGAAAGAACGCGGGAAAGAGGCCUUGUGGUCCGGGACUGGGCCCCGCAGCUGGAGAUUCUCGGCCACGCGUCGACCGGAGGGUUCUUGAGCCAUUGCGGGUGGAAUUCGUGUAUGGAGAGUAUUUCCAUGGGAGUGCCGGUGGCGGCCUGGCCGAUGCACUCCGACCAGCCGAGGAAUGCCACUCUGAUAACGCGCGGUCUGAAGGUCGGGAUCAGCUUGAUGGACUGGGACCGGCGGGAUGAAAUAGUGAACCGGGAAGGAGUUGCGGAAGGAGUGAAGAAGCUAAUGGCGUCAAAAGCGGGAGAGGAAGUGAGGCAGAACGCUGUGAAGCUGAGUGAGAGUCUGAAAAUGUCAAUCAGUUCCGGUGCCGGCCGCGCUGAAUUGGAGUCCUUCAUAAGUCACAUCAGGAGAGACUCCGGUGGCCCGCUAGUCGAACCUAAUCCAACCGCUAUACGUUCCGCCAUUUAAAUAUGGAAAUUACACUAAAAAUGGUUUUGAAAUUCUAAAAUAGAGGUUUUUGUACGUUAAUAAGAAUAAUUAUUGUUAAGUUUGGAAAAUAUUGUCAUGUGUAUGUCUAGUAAAGUCAAAACAUGAUAAUAAUUACUCUAGUUUAGAAAAUAAAAAUGACAAUUCUAUUUUAGAAUUUAAAAAUACUUCUACGCCUAUUUGUGCCCAACUUGGGGUUUGGGUUGUUGGCGGUGUCAAUACCAGAUGAGUAGAAAAGUAAUAAAACAAAUAUUGUAUUUUACAUUAUAAACCAAAUACUCGAAUCUUGAGGAAGGAAAAACUACCAAAAAAUAACAAACUCAAACAAUAUGAUACUCAAACGGGAAGAUUGAAUUAGUAUUGAUUAAUGUUGUUGAUUUUGUAUUAAUAAAGAUUUCCAUUCUUGGUGAGAAUGUAUCCAGAUUUGUAGGAAUUGCAUAUGUCACAUACAUGUUUGGAUGGAAGAAAAGAGUCACCGAAGUCUCACAAAACCAUUCCAAUUAAAAUAGAUGCAGUUCUGAGUAAAAACCAUUCCAAAAAAAAAGUUGAAGGCUAUCACUUUAGUUUGCGGCGUGUGGAAACGAGGAUAGAUCAUAGAUGCGCUUGUCAAGAAUCUGGAGAAAGGAAUGAGGAGAAGGGACAAGAAGAGCACAAGAAUAAAAAAAAGGAUGACAUUCUAUCACGGUCCGGAUAGUUAACCGGAAGGAUGUAACUUGCACUUAAAUAAAAAAAAAUGAUAGAUAACGAGUGAAGCUCUGGCUCAAAUACUUGUAGGGGAGAGAAGAAGAAUAAAAGAGAGAAGAAUGAAGGGAGGGGAAUGGAGGAGAGAAUGGAGGAGAGAAUGGAGGAGAAGAUUCUAAGACAUCUAGCAAUUGAUAUUUUGCAAAGGGUGAGAUAUAUGCACAUUAUAAAAA